AUGGUUAACUCUUGUGACAGCUUUGAAGACCUGGAUCAUGCUAAAGGCCUGGAGAUGCUGAUUCUAGGCUGCCUGAACAUCUACUGUCGUUGUGAAGGUAUGAUGAGAUUGAAGCAGUAUAUUUGUGAAGGUCUAAGCGCCAAUAACAAAGCAUCUGAAGUCAAGUCGAGGGGGGAGACAAAAACACAAAGUAAAAUAAAGGUAAAACUAUCGAACAAUGGUGGCAUUGGGAACAAUGGUGGAAAUGGGAACAAUGGUGGAAUUGGGAACAAUGGUGGCAUUGGGAACAGUGGCGGAAUUGGGAACAAUGGUGGAAAUGGGAACAAUGGUGGAAUUGGGAACAAUGGUGGCAUUGGGAACAGUGGCGGAAUUGGGAACAGUGGUGGCAUUGGGAACAAUGGUGGCAUUGGGAACAAUGGUGGAAUUGGGAACAGUGGCGGAAUUGGGAACAGUGGCGGCAUUGGGAACAAUGGUGGAAUUGGGAACAAUGGUGGCAUUGGGAACAAUGGUGGAAUUGGGAACAAUGGUGGCAUUGGGAACAGUGGCGGAAUUGGGAACAGUGGCGGCAUUGGGAACAGUGGCGGAAUUGGGAACAGUGGCGGAAUUGGGAACAGUGGCGGCAUUGGGAACAGUGGCGGCAUUGGGAACAGUGGCGGCAUUGGGAACAAAGGCGGCAUUGGGAAUAAUAUCGGAAUUGGGAACAAUGGCGGAAUUGGGAACAAUGGCGGAAUUGGGAACAAUGGCGGCAUUGGGAACAAUGGCGGCAUUGCGAACAAUGGCGGCAUUGGGAACAAUGGCGGAAUUGGGAACAAUGGUGGAAUUGGGAACAAUGGUGGAAUUGGGAACAAUGGUGGAAUUGGGAACAAUGGUGGAAUUGGGAACAAUGGCGGCAUUGGGAACAAUGGUGGAAUUGGGAACAAUGGCGGCAUUGGGAACAAUGGUGGAAUUGGGAACAAUGGUGGAAUUGGGAACAAUGGUGGAAUUGGGAACAAUGGUGGAAUUGGGAACAAUGGUGGAAUUGGGAACAAUGGUGGAAUUGGGAACAAUGGUGGAAUUGGGAACAAUGGCGGCUUUCUCUAUUUUUAA